ACGGCGUGCGCGUCGAGUGGGUGCGCGCAGACGAGAUGGACGAGGAGAAGCUCGGCAUGGGCAGGACAGAGGUCGCCCUCGCCCUCAAGACCAUCCUGGACCCGGCGCUGUACCCGCUGUGCAUCGCCGACGUCGACGGCGUGUCGCAUACAACGCUCGUGGUCGCGUGCCUCAGGAAGCUGCAGGGCUGGCAUAUGGACUCUAUCGUCGACGAGAUCAGCCGCUUUGCGCCAAACUACGAAGAUCUGCCUCUCGUGGCAUUCAUAAGCUCCUUUUGCGCGCCGCCCUCGUCCUCGUCGGCGUCCGCGGGCGCGCCGUCCACCGCUGACCAAUUCACGCUGCCGCCGCCGCCCUACCCCGCAUGGCUCUGGCCCUGUCCCCCCUCCGCCCAGCCCCGCCCCAAACCGCGCGACCGGUCCUCCUCCACCCCGGCUGCCACACCCGUCUCCUUCAACCCGCUCCCCUUCCCUCACCCCCUUGUAGCCCGGAAGCACCCAACGAUGCGGCUCGUCUUCCCGCCCUUGCCUCCCCACGCCCAGACCCAGCUUCAGUCUCAACCGCCAGGACAGCAGCAGCAGCAGCAAACGCUCACAGCUCUUCCGCUCAACAGCCCGGGACCCAUUGUGCCCAUUCUCCCGUCGCCCGCUCAUUCUGACAUCUCACGUAUGCCGUCCCUUCGUCACCACCGCGAAAAAUCAACAACCUCCUCGCCCACCCACACUCAAAGCCCCCCUCCACCACCGCCGCCCGCCACAAAAGACGACGCUCAGACGUCCGUCUCACCAGGUCCCAACGCUGGAGCUGGCGUCGGACGCACCGAUACCGUGUCAGACCGCGCGGGAUCACCCGAACAAGGUGUCCUGGGCGUGGCAGCGAACAUUGUCAAUGCAAGUCUCAAUGGGAUCGCCGGCGUCCUGUCAAGUGCGGGUGUGACACCGCCCCAGGCAGAGGAACAGGCGAAAUCGGCAAAACAGGCGGCCGUGGAAACCCCGAAGGAUGAGGAGCGAGAGGGUGAGCGAGAGCGUGGUGAUUUAACAGAAGGAAAAGCUGCAAAUCAAACUAUAACCACGUCGAUGAACGCCUUUAACAUGAAUCGUGAACCGACGUUAUCGUCGUCGGAAAUGGCGGAAUCAUCUACCAGCGGUGUCACCGCUUCGGCCGACGACGUAGACGAUCAGGACCAUCUACGAGAAUCAGAAGGCGAAGAGGAUGAAGAUGAUUACGACGAGGAAGAAGAGGAAGAAGAGGAAGAGGAGGAGGAUAUACGAGCCACUUCUCAAUAUAUAAGCGCUUUAGACCUUGCGGGCUUUUAGAUAUCAAAUUGUGUUGUAUA